UCGCGGGAGACCAUGAUGGAUGUAGCUCCGCCUUUGUCCUCCAUGGCCGGGCUUGACGGGGAGACCGCAAGCAUGCUGGCUUGUGAGAGUGGCGAGGAAGAGAGGGGCGAGGCGAGGAGGCGGAGGAAGAGGGGCAUAGCUUGUAGGUUUCGUGUCUCUCGCGGGCUACUAGAUCACAGUCCCUCGCUUUUAUCGAUUGCGUCGUCGCCUUGCUUGCGCUCCAGCAUCUUGGGCGAUCCAAAUCCAGGGUUUCCAGGCGCAUUGAGCAUUGAUCCAAUUGAGUCCACCGAUCGAUCGAUCGCCUCGUCGGGUUUGUCUACCUAAACACUCGUGUCCUGGUAGGUGCUGGGACGAUUUCUCUCUUUGCUUCUUUCUUCCCCUCCCUCUCAAUGUUCUCAAUUUUCUUCCUCGCCAGCUCAUGGUUUUUCGAUCGUGGUGUUUCUUCCAGACCGGAUCUUUGAUUCUCCGUUUGGUUUGUCAUCUUCCUUUUGUUCUUGCUGGAGUUCGUGGUACCUCACAAGUAUGACUAGGAUUUUUUGCUUCUCCCUCUCAUGGUUUUUCGAUCGUGGAGUUUCUUCCGGACCGGAUCUUUGAUUCUCUGUUUGGUUUGUCCCCUUCCGUUUGUUCUUGCUGGAGUUCGUUUCCGGAUGGAAUUCGCUGUUGUCACAAGGAAUCCGUCCCGAGCAUGACCAGGAUUUUAUGCUUUCCAAUUCUCGACAAGUAUGUGGUGGAGAAUUCGUUUUCUCGAUCUCCUCUUCUUUCUCCUGCUGCUGCUGGCAACUUCGACCCGGGACGAAGGAGCUUUAGUCGGUGCUAUCCCAACUUGUAAUAAGAAAAGCGAGCACGCCAAGAGCGAAGGAUUCAAAGCUUUAAUUUGGCACCAUAUCCAGCAGCGCGUUGGUGGAAUCAAGGCCUUAUUAAAUUCGCAUCCCCGGGUCAUGAUCACUGUAAGUUCUCCAAGUUCUUCCAUCGAGGGACCAGCAACAUCACCACCACUAAAGCAAACACCAUCAUCGUCACCACCACCACUACUAGAUUCUUCUCCACCGUCGCCAUCGAUUCUUCCUCCAGCACCCGACCUUGUACCACCACCUCCAAGUCCACAGCAAACUCUACCACCACCUCCAAGCCUACAGCAAACACUACCACCACCGCCAAGCCAAAGUCUAUUAUCACCUCCUCCACAAUCCUUGGAGACAGUUCCUCCACCUUUGAUUUCCUCGAUUCCUGUGAAUCUUCCACCAUUGCCAGCCGUUUCUGUUCCAGCGGUUCUCCAGAUACCACCUCUGUUUUCCAAUUCUAAUUCAGUUCCAUCGCUUCCGAUCUCGAUACCGCCGGCGCUGGGUUCUUCGUCUCCUCUAUUGCCGCUACCACCUUUGAUCGCUCCUCCAACUUUUAUGGUGUCACCACCACUUCCAUCUCCUGCUAAUGCAUCACCGCCGCUUCCAUCGUCCGCUCCUCCUCCUAUUGCAUCACCGCCGCUUCCAUCGGCUCCUCCUCCUACUUUUCUCGUAUUACCACCGAUCUUAUCAUCUCCACCCCCAGCAUCUACAGUUCCAUCUCCGAUCGUGUCAGCUCCACCUCCAACAAUUUUGCCUUCUCCUCCGCCCCCAUUGCCAUCAGCUCCUCCUCUUCCUCCUCCUCCACUAUCAACGCCACCUCCAUCGUUUGUUCCACCACCUCCAAGGGCUUCAAUUCCUCCAUCAUUGCCGCCACUAUCUUCUGCUGCUCCAGAAGUCCCUCACAACAUUUCGUCAUCUCCAGCAUCGCCACUUUCAUCACCACUUCCAUCACCACCAUCUCCGACUACUGUCCCUUCCGCUGCACCACCUUUUCAAACGUCACCACCGCCAGUUUCUUCACCUUCUCUCGAAGACAAUGCUCCACCCUCUGUAACGCUCGGUCCUCCGCCUACGACUUUAUCCUCGCCGCCACCAUCGCUGUCUCCUCCACCUUUGGUUGCUUCACCAUCUCAAGCACCAUCCUCUCGUCGCUCACCUCCACCACUCUCUGGAGCUCCACCUUUCAAAAGCUCGCCACCUACAUCGCCACCAUCUCCGCGUUCGCUCCAGCCGCCUUCCUUGCCUCCAGAGGUGGUGUCUCCGCCACCCAAACUCUCGCCAAGUCCGAUUCAAAACUCUUCCGCUACACUACCUUUAUCACCUCGUAGUGCUCCACCGAGAAGCCCCACAAGAAAAGCAACGGCCCCGGCCUCUCUUCCAUCACUCGCUGUUUCUCCAGUGGCCAGCAACACUCCGGCUCCAGUUCCAUCUCGUCCCACUAUUAAAGCUCCAUCGCCUGUUACUAAAGCUCCAUCGCCUGUUACCAAAGCUCCAUCUCCUGUCACUAAAGCUCCAUCGCCUGUUACCAAAGCUCCAUCUCCUGUCACUAAAGCUCCAUCGCCUGUUCAAAACCGUCCACAGCCUCCUGCACCUCGCAAGGCUCCUGUAGUUUCUCCAGCAUCAGCUCCACAAACACCUAUGCCACGACCAGGACCUCCUGCUCGUCUGCCAGGUAUUGUGGCUCCUCCAACGAAAACUCAGUUAGCUCAGCCUCCAGCAAUGGUCUUUCCGUCACCUCCCAACGCAGGCUGCGACAAAGUUUGCUCGGACCCGUCCGUGACAACUCUGCCUGGAACAAAAUGCGGGUGCGUCAUUCCUAUGAGAGUGGGACUUGCGCUCGAAAUUCCCAUCUCAAGUUUCCUGUCGCUUGUCUCGGAGCUAGCUAUGGAGAUUGCGUUUGGAAUUUCCAUGCAGCAGAUGCAGGUCCAAAUAGCGGCUGCCAACUCUUUCGGCGAGGAUUUUUCCCUUACGGAGACCAAAGUUAAUCUCGUACCUCUCGGGAACGCGUUCAGAAACCAGACAGCCUAUCACAUCUCUCAGAUGUUUUGGGGGCAUCGCGUGCCUAUCAACGAAGCAUACUUUGUCAAUUACACAGUGUUGUACGUGAUAUAUCCAGGAUUACCACUUGCUUCGCAAAAUGUUAACAGAAUUCCACCGAGUGAUGGAAAGUUCCCAGAUCAACCACUUGGAGUUGAUAUCUUCGCAAGAAGAAAUCGCAACCUUCAUCCGGCAUUCAUUGCGAUUAUCACGUUGAGCUGCGUGUUCCUACUAAUACUUUGCUUGGGUGUUGGUUGGCUCAUCACCGUCCGGCAUCGCGGGCGGUACAAAGGUCACUCGGAGCUCACAGAAGCCGCACUAGAGUCUUGUGCAACCAAACGAUCAACGACUCUUUUAUCGAACAGUUCUCGCGACUCUACGUCGGUGUCCUCGAGCAUUGUACCAUAUGUGUCCGGCUCCGUGCGGACUUUCACCUUAGCCGAGAUGACUGCCGCGACUAAUAACUUCAACCCGUCUAAUGUGAUCGGCCAAGGUGGUUUUGGAAGAGUUUACAGUGGAGUUCUAACAGAUGGGACUAAGAUCGCUGUCAAAGUUCUCAUUCGGGAAGACAAACAGGGAGAUCGAGAGUUUUCGGCAGAGGUGGAGAUGCUCAGCCGUCUCCACCACCGGAACCUCGUCAAGCUUGUGGGAAUUUGCACGGACGAUGACAUGCGUUCCUUGGUCUAUGAGCUCAUUCCAAAUGGAAGCGUCGACUCUCACUUGCAUGGUGAUGAUAAGAAGAUCGCUCCUCUAAGUUGGGAAGCUCGUCUCAAGAUCGCUCUUGGAGCAGCUCGAGGCCUUGCCUAUCUCCACGAGGACUCGUAUCCCCGAGUCAUUCACCGAGACUUCAAAUCUAGUAACAUCCUUUUGGAGGACGACUUCACGCCCAAAGUCUCCGACUUUGGCCUCGCCAAAGCAGCCUCGGAAGAACUAACUGGACAUAUUUCAACGAGAGUCAUGGGAACUUUCGGUUAUGUGGCACCCGAGUACGCCAUGACCGGUCACCUUCUUGUUAAGAGCGACGUUUACAGCUACGGCGUGGUACUCCUCGAGUUGCUCUCGGGUAGAAAACCAGUUGAUAUGUCACGGGCACAGGGACAGGAAAACUUAGUGACUUGGGCUCGUCCGCUCCUCACAAGUCUAGAGGGAUUGGAUUUUCUGGCUGAUCCCGACUUGAGAAGCAGCGUGGCACCGGAGAACCUGGCGAGAGUGGCAGCCAUCGCAUCCAUGUGUGUGCGACCGGAGGUGUCGCAGAGGCCUUUCAUGGGAGAAGUUGUCCAGGCUUUGAAGCUGGUUUGUAGCGACAUGGACGUGGAAGAAGGCGAGACGAGUGGGGCUUCAAACAGUGUCUCCUCGCCAGAGGCCAAGGCCAAAGUUACUGCCGCUUCUACUUCUCGCCAGCGUGAGUGGGAUUUCCUAUCAUACAGAAGCUCCUCGGACUUUGACGACCAACAAAAGAGCUUACGAAACCAUCAGCGGCAACAAGGACAGGGUGGGAAUUUCUCGGCUUCCUCGGCCUUGUUGAGGCAGGUCUCAGCGUCGUUUGGCCGGCACAGUGCUCCGGAGCCUCUCAAGUUUUUUAACAAGUCUGAGAGAUUCCUUACACUGCCUCCUGGGUCCGCGAGCGAGCACGGUGUACAUCACUACAGAGAAUCGACAGUCUGGCCGUGAGAACUCCACCUUUUUUUCCGGCUUAAGUUCUUUCUUCUCAAAUCUUCGGUUCUAACAGUUCGAGCAAAAACAGCACAGCACCAAACAGGUUCUUUCUCGCUCCUUUAUAAAUGUAUCUUUCACAGAACUUUGGUUUCCCGAGAAGCCGAGUUACUGCCACUGCCGCGUUCUAACAGAUCGGAUUCAAAGUAAAGAUGCAGAACGCGACAAGUUUUACUUUGGAAGAUCUGGCCGAGCGGAGACAAGCGGGUGCCUCCAUAUAAGUUUACUGCUCGUCACGUGAAAGAAGAAGCAGCACAGUUGCUUUCGGGAAAAAGUUUGGAGCAGCAGCGCACACUGUUCUUCUGAAAAGAUAUCUUCGCAGAUUUGGAAGCACUGGGAGGGACGCGAGCCACGGAGUCUUGUUUCUCGGUCCGUGGAGCAGCAGGCACUCUUGUACCCGAUGAAAAGAAAGAGUUGAGAUGUAUUCUAGGAGAAAAAAGAAAAAAGCCUUGUUUCUCGUGAAAUCUGGAAGCUUGAGAAGCGAAAUGCUGGCCAGCCAAGACCCAAAGAAUAAGAAAAGCUUCAAGAUAUCACAGUGUAAACUUAAAGAAAAGCUUCAA